AACGGCACAAAAAGUAGCUAGAAAAUUAAUAAAAAUUAGUGAUAAGUCGUAGUUUACGUGUUAAGAGUAAAAUGUCGAAGUUAUUUCCGAAGAAAAUCCGAUCAAAAUCCAAUACACGGGAUGCUGAUUGGGCCUCUAAGCAGAAAAAAAUGUCGUCAGCUUACAGCUUGGCAGCGAUACCGUCGACGAUCAAAUUGAGCAUGUUGAACAGUGGUUUGCUCUCAUUCGAUAGCAAUAUUCCGUACUAUGCAAUCCCGGAAGAGCCCACAAAUAUCGCAGAUUUCCUCAAAUUGUGCGAUCAGAGACGAAAAUUUCCGAUUUUAUACAAGUUGGAGUUUCAAGCUGCAAGUAAAGUUGAGUCGAAUUCAUGCAAAUACGCGAACAAGAGGGAAAAUUUGGAAAAAAAUCAGAACCAAAAGUGCAUUGCCUAUGAUUAUAACAGAGUUGUCCUUAAUAAGCAAACAGACCACGAUAACUCGGAUUCUUCUUACAUAAAUGCCUCUUUCGUCGACAGUUUACUCAAACCAAACGCUUAUAUUGUAAGUCAGGGUCCAACAGAGGAGACUGUCGUUGACUUUUGGCGGAUGAUUUGGCAGGAACAAAUAAGUGCCAUAGUAAUGUUAACAAAAACCUUCGACUUUACCAAAGUAAUGUGCAUGCAAUAUUGGCCAGCGUCGAAAGAAAAGGGCGAAAGUUACGGCGAUAUCGAAGUUGUCAUCAUGAACGAAGAGGAACUUGCGAAUUUUCACAUUCGCACAUUUGCUGUUUACAAACAAGAGAACGGAGAGCUGGUUAAACGGACCAUCAUGCAAUUUCAUUACACACAAUGGCAUUCGCAUAGUUGCCCUUACUCCAAUGCUAUUUUGGAAUUUCGUCGUCGUAUGCGGGCUGUCGUUGGAAGAACCACAAAACCCAUUCUCGUGCAUUGCAAUGACGGCGGAGGACGAUCGGGAGUGUAUUUAGCGAUAGAUGCGAACAUGGAAUUAGCUGAGGAGGAAGAAAACUUUUUUGUUUUUGGAUAUUUGAAACGUUUGAAGCAAUCGCGCAAAGGAUUGAUCGAGAGCGUGGAGCAAUAUAAAUUUGUUUACAGCACACUUGAAGAACAUUUGAUCAAUGGGACAUCAUGGUUUUCCGUCGCAGAAUUGUCAGAAAAGCUCAAAGAGAAGAGUCGAAAGGACCCAAACACAAAAAUGAAUCAAUAUCAAAAGGAAUAUCUUGAAAUUGUGAAACAAACUCCCAAGUUUUCGAUAGGAGAUUGUGCCGGAGGUCAUCGUGCGGAUAAUCGCGAGAAGAACAGAGACGUUCUUUGUAUACCACCCGAUAACUUCCGCCCAUAUCUCACAUCAUUCCAGGGAAACACGUUCACCGAUUACAUAAAUGCGGUUUUCAUUGACGGAUAUACCAAACCGAAGGAAUAUGUCGUCACAGAAUGGCCUCUCAAGUCGACUUUGGGAGAAUUUUGGUCACUCGUGUACGAUCAAGAGUGUGCCGCUGUCGUUGUUUUGUGCCAACCUCCUCAUGCUUCUCAACAAUUUCCCGCAUUUUGGCCAGAGCGAAAAUCUCAAAAAUAUGGACCAGUUUUUACCGUUGAACCAAUUUCACAUUCACAUUUUACCAAUAUUAAGACAUGGAUUUUCCGAAUUAACAAGAAAGUUAUCUCGCUAACGGAAUUAAUGGCGGGCGUUAAGGCGCCUCCGCGAACGACGCAAUUGUUUUUACUCACUUGUUGGCCAAUGGGGCAAAAAGUUCCAUCAUCCACAAAUUCUCUCGUUGAAUUGAUGAACAUGGUUGAACGUUGGAGACAACGUGUCGAUUACGGACCAGUUUGCAUCGUCAGCCCUGAUGGUCGAAGCAGAGCGGGAGUUUAUUGUGCGGCAAAUGCGUGUAUUGAGCAAGUGAUACAACAUGGGGAAGUAGAUGUCUUUCAAGCAGUCAAAACUGUGAGAAGGCACAGACCGCAAUUAGUAGAAAAUAUGACUGAAUACAAAUAUUGCUAUGAUUUAGUUUUGCAUUAUGUUCUACAUUAUCUCAACAAAGAGGAGAAGUAUACAAAGUGAUAAAAUCUCUGAGACAUGACGAGCU